CUGGCUCUGGCCUUGGAAAAUGAAGGCUAUAUUAAAAAACUACUGCAGCUCUUCCAAGCUUGUGAGAACCUAGAAAACACUGAAGGCUUACAUCAUUUGUAUGAAAUUAUUACAGGAAUCUUAUUCCUAAAUAAGGCAACUCUGUUUGAGGUAAUGUUUUCUGAUGAGUGUAUCAUGGAUGUCGUGGGAUGCCUUGAAUAUGACCCUGCUUUGGCUCAGCCAAAAAGGCACAGAGAAUUCUUGACCAAAACUGCAAAGUUUAAGGAAGUUAUACCAAUAACAGACUCUGAACUAAGACAAAAAAUACAUCAGACUUACAGGGUACAGUACAUUCAGGACAUCAUUUUGCCUACACCAUCAGUUUUUGAAGAGAAUUUUCUUUCUACUCUUACAUCUUUUAUUUUCUUCAACAAAGUUGAUAGCAUGUUGCAGGAAGAUGAGAAGUUUUUGUCUGAAGUUUUUGCACAAUUAACAGAUGAGGCCACAGAUGAUAAUAAACGACGUGAAUUGGUUAAUUUUUUCAAGGAAUUUUGUGCAUUUUCUCAGACAUUACAACCUCAAAACAGGGAUGCAUUUUUCAAAACUUUGGCAAAGUUGGGGAUUCUUCCUGCUCUUGAAAUUGUUCAGGGCAUGGAUGAUUUGCAAGUCAGAUCAGCUGCUACAGAUAUAUUUUCUUAUCUAGUAGAGUUUAGUCCAUCCAUGGUCCGAGAAUUUGUAAUGCAGGAAGCCCAGCAGAGUGAUGACGAUAUCCUUCUCAUUAAUGUAGUAAUUGAACAAAUGAUCUGUGAUACUGAUCCUGAGCUAGGAGGUGCUGUUCAGUUAAUGGGACUUCUUCGUACUCUAAUUGAUCCAGAGAACAUGCUGGCUACAACUAAUAAAACUGAAAAAAGUGAAUUUCUAAAUUUCUUCUACAACCAUUGUAUGCAUGUCCUCACAGCACCACUUUUGACCAAUACUUCAGAAGACAAAUGUGAAAAGGAUAAUAUAGUUGGAUCUAACAAAAACAGCACAAUUUGUCCCGAUAAUUAUCAAACAGCACAGCUGCUUGCCUUAAUUUUAGAGCUACUCACAUUUUGUGUGGAACAUCACACAUAUCACAUAAAAAACUAUAUUAUGAACAAGGACUUGCUAAGAAUAGUCUUGGUCUUGAUGAAUUCAAAGCACACUUUCCUGGCCUUGUGUGCUCUUCGUUUUAUGAGGCGGAUAAUUGGCCUUAAAGAUGAAUUUUAUAAUCGUUACAUCACCAAGGGAAAUCUUUUUGAGCCAGUUAUAAAUGCUCUUCUGGAUAAUGGAACUCGGUACAAUCUAUUGAAUUCAGCUGUUAUUGAGUUAUUUGAAUUUAUAAGAGUGGAAGAUAUCAAGUCUCUUACUACACAUAUAGUUGAAAACUUUUAUAAAGCACUUGAAUCGAUUGAAUAUGUUUAGACAUUCAAAGGAUUGAAGACUAAAUAUGAGCAAGAAAAAGACAGACAAAAUCAGAAACUGAACAGGUAUUGUUUAAGUAUAUUGCAUUUAUAG